AUGGCGCCGUCUACGUUCAAGUUGAAUACCGGGCAGGACAUGCCUGCUGUUGGUCUAGGCACCUGGCAAUCGUCCCCCGGCGAGGUCGCCGCAGCCGUGACAUUCGCGCUAAAGUCAGGCUACAAGCUAAUCGACGCAGCAUACUGCUACGGGAACGAAGACGAAGUGGGCCAGGGGAUCAAGGCCGCAAUAGACGCAGGCUACGUGACGCGGUCCGAGAUCUUCGUGGUCACGAAGCUAUGGAACACAUACUCAACACGCGCCGAGGUCGGGCUCGACAAAUCCCUGAAAGCACUCGGACUGGACUACGUAGAUCAAUACCUAGUGCACUGGGCCGUUGGUAUGAACCCCAAAGGUAACGACGACCGCUUUCCCAAGCUACCCGACGGAUCGCGGGAUAUCACAUGGGACCACGACCACACGGCUACAUGGGCGCAGAUGGAGGCCCUCUUGACAACGGGCAAGACGAAGAGCAUCGGCGUGUGCAAUUACAGCGUGCCGUACUUGGAGCAAUUGCUGAAGAAGGCCAAGGUUGUUCCUGCAGUGAACCAGAUCGAGAACCACCCUUCAUUGCCGCAGCAAGAAGUCGUUGAUUUCUGCAGGAGUAAAGGGAUUCAUAUCGUUGCGUAUAGCCCGCUCGGCAGCACGGGUGGUCCGGUCAUGAAGGCGGAGCCGGUGCUCAAGAUUGCUGAGCGGAAAGGCGCUAGCCCUGGGACUGUUCUAUUGAGCUAUCAUGUGGCCCGAGGCGCCACGGUGCUCGCCAAGUCUGUGACCGAGUCGCGCAUAAAGGCGAACCUCGAAAUCAUCGACCUCGACGCCGACGACAUGAAGAUCCUGAACGACUACUCGGAUUCGCUCGCCGAGGAGGGCAAGCUCGAGCGGUAUGUCUACCCGCCGUUUGGCAUCAAUUUUGGCUUCCCGGAUAAGAAGGAGGGCAGGAGCAUGCCGAAUGGCGUUUAAUCUUAUGUGUAUGUACCUAGGUUCCAAUGCGUAGAUGUCUGGUUAGUGUUGUAGAUACUCGUGAUAAUUCCCAAGUACCUACUUCUGCGGUGAGCAAAGCUCGCCCUUGUCGUUAUGGGCAGCAUGGGCCGUGAUAGAUGUACUUGGCCUGUUCAUCCUCAUCAUGAUAUGCCGACCUAGGUAAGUAUACAAUAACUAGCGCUCUGAUGAACCCUUUGUCCUU